AUGGCCACCUCCGACCAUGGCGCGCUCGGAAGGCCGCACCAUGGCCUGGUCAACAUCCAAGCACAUGAAGUAUCUGUUCAGGUCAAAUUGCCUUUUGGGCAGAGAAUCAUUCAAACUUUACACAAAUUGAGAGACAAAGAAAUCCGCAACACCAGACGCACAGUUCUGCACUCAGUAACGGCACACAUACCCGGAGGGAAAUUGACAGCGAUUUUGGGAGGAAGUGGAUCGGGGAAAACAACCUUGCUAAAUGCGCUGUCGGGAAGAUUGCAAAGUGAAAGCCAGACAGUACUGGGAGACAUCACGUAUAGCGGACACAAUGACGUGUCUCGAUUUCGCACAGCCUAUGUGAUACAGGAGGAUGUUCUCCCAGCCACCCUGACAGUCCGCGAAACCUUGCAGUAUGCGGCUGACCUCCGUUCGAAAUGGAAAAGCGCGUGCCAGCGGGAUCAAGCGGUCGAUAAAUUGAUUAGAAGGCUAGGACUAGAGACCUGCACCGACACCCGGAUAGGGCAUGGGAGCGGGCAUGGAUGUAGUGGCGGCGAGAGGCGGCGGGUCAGCAUCGCCAUUCAACUGCUGACGGGGGCCUCGGUGCUGUUCUGCGACGAGCCGACAAAAGCCGAAUUUCUCAUAGAGAAUAUCACCACGAAUACAUGGUUACACAGCACACUAGAUCUGCCUCUCCACCACUUGGCGCCAUUUGAAGGCUCUUCAACAGAUGCACUCGAAAUGGUCACACUUCCGGCACAGCUUCUGGAAUCUCCAGCACCAUAUGGCAAAACACCGGGAUUCUGGACGAAGUGGAAAGUCCUGACAAAGCGCAUGAUGGUAGUGUGUAUAAGAGACAUACCGCCGCUCAUUGGAAUUGGUUGUAUGAUUGCUGUGCUCGCUGCCAUCCUUGGAUGGGUAUUUUGGCACUUGGAUGGAUCCCUUGCAGGAAUUCGUUCCCGACAAGGAAGCCUCUGGGAUGCUACGGGGCUUUAUGGGUACCUUAUGUUGAUCAGCGAGAUCUGUCGAUUGCUUGAAGAUACCAAAGUUUUUGAUCACGAACGAAGUGAAAAGCUUGUUGUGAAGUUGAUACUGGAAGACCUCAGCUUGCCCACGUUGUUUCCUGCCAUAUAUUAUCCCAUGGUGGGCUACCGGGACAGUGCUUCGCAAAUCUUACUGUUCUGGUUGAUAAUGGUUGUGACACAUAUAACUGCCGUUGGAUUUGCAAGCGUUUCUGUCGCCACGACCCGGAACCUUUACGGGGCCAUAUUCAUAGGGAAUAUGUACUUCACGUUACAGACAACUGCCUCGGGGUACUUUUUGCAGGCUAAUCAAAGGCCGGUGUAUGUGCAAUGGCUGAAAUGGCUCACAACAACUUUCUAUACCUUCAGCGCCCUCUGCACCCUUGAGUCUGUUGGGUACAAAGGCUCCAGUCCUGGGUAUCUCUACGACUGCCCCUCUCAUGAUGCCCAAGAUCCGCAAUGCAAGGUGUACACUGGUGCUUUUAUAAUGGACAGCUUAGGACUUCCGAGUGGUGGGAUUUGGAAGCAUAUUCUAAUCUUAUGCGUGUUUGCUAUUUUCUAUCAGUGCUCUGCAAUUGCGAUCCUUUUUUCUAAACCUACUGGGCGGCCUUGGUAUUUGGCAGACGCAGGAAAUGAGGGAAGCGAAGCAUAUCUCCACGAGAAGCCAUCCGCCCCUCAUCCAACUCAAUCUCGCCAAAGCAGUAUACAAUUAAAUGAGCUAGAGCUCUACAAGACACGGUUGCUGAGAUGGGCUUGGUUUGGGCGAAGAUCGUCUCGAGUCGUUGGUCCAGUGUCGACCACUUUACGCUCUGGACGGUUGAAUGUAAUCAUGGGGGCUUCAGGAAGCGGCAAGACGACUUUACUGAGUGCCCUAGCUGGCCGACUACCCUCAUCUUUGCAUCAACGACUCCGUGUGUUAGUAUCAUAUGUCCCACAGGAUGACUGCAAUCUUCUUUCCAAUCUGACUGUGCAAGAAACAUUGUACUUUGCCACUGAAUUGAGAUGUUCUGGGUCCGUGUCCUCAGACGAGCGGAAAGGGCGGGUGGAGGAUACGAUCAGGCAAUUUGGGUUGGAAUUCUGUGCAAAUCCCAUUAAGCGACGCCUGUCAAUUGCCUGCGAAGCUGUAGCGGAACCCAGAGUUCUGGUUCUUGACGAGCCAACCUCCGGCCUAGAUUCCCGCACUGCUCUCUCCGUUCUUGAGCUGCUUCAUAAACUAUCAUCCGAUGGAUGUACCGUCAUCAUCUCCAUUCACCAACCAUCCUCCGCCAUGUGGGCACUGAUUUCGACCUGUCUUCUUCUCACCCCGGACGGCCGUCCUGUGUACGCAGCUGAGGCAGGCCAGAUGCUUUCCUACUUUGACCGUCUCGGACACACCUGUCCACAUACCAUGAGCCCGCCUGAUUACUUCAUGGAUAUAGCAGCUAGCUCUCCUGCCCAGGAAAUAGAGCGCCUAGUGGAUAAUUGGACACAAUCGCAAUCCUCAGCUAUAUCGACAGCUUUAGAAACUCCUAGCCUCUCCCAUUCUGACCUCCCUGGACCCCAAUCCACAUGCUCCCGCUUUAUCCCGACCACGCACGUGCUCCUCCACCGAGCCUAUCUCAACAUGCUCCGCAACCCCCUAUCUAUGUUCGUGCGACUUGUCCAAUGCCCUGGGAUGGGACUUAUCUGGACCAUAUUCGUGGCCCCCCUGCACAAGGACUACAAUUCGAUCCAGACACGCAUGGGUCUCAUGAUACAGUAUGGCCCGGUGGCCUUCAUCGGCAUGCUUCAAAACAUUGCGACUUUCCCAGCCGAGCGAGAUCUCUUCAGGCAUGAAUCCUCCAUGCACUUGUAUGGCGCUACAGCCUUCCUCGUCCAAUACACAGCGAUGGAGCUUCCAUUCGAAAUAAUUGCAGCCGGGAUAUUCAGCCUUCUCUUCGCCUACGCCGCACAGCUGGGUCCCACGGCGACGCAAUUCGGCGUCUGCUUCUUGAGUGCAGUAUGUGCGCUUAACACGGGCGAAUCAUUGAGUAUGCUUGCGUGUCUCGCUUUUGGACGGAAAAUCAGUCUCGCUGUAAACUGCACGUCGGCGCUGUUAUCUAUAUUUACGAUGCUUGGAGGUACGAUGAGUCUGAGUCCUCCGCGUGUGUUGCAGUGGUUUAAUCAUGUAUCACCUAUCAAGUAUGCUAUUGACAAUUUGGCGUACUACUGUCUGGGUGGUUUGGAGUUGCAGUGCACGGAUGGCCAGCGUCGCGCGGAUGGUUCGUGUCCUCUUCAAACCGGGGAACAGGCUUUGGAGCUUUAUGGGUUGAAUACAGACCGUCCGGAGAUAGGACUGGUUGCGGGCGUAGUGUUGAUGGUGGGAUAUCGGCUGUUGGUGUGGGCUGUGUUGAUGCUGCAGGUUAGGUGUCGGAAUGGGUUCGGUUUCCGGAGGUGGGUAAAUGUCAGGGAGAGGCGUGAGAGCUAGGGGUACUUAUCUGUGAGGAUUGUGCGAUGAUAUGACGUUAGGUUACGUAUUUGGUAUUGACAAUGUGUGCUUGGGAGGUGGAUUGAAGUUCUUGUCGUAAUCCAAACCCUUGUAUAAAGUGGUUUGAAUAUAUUAGGGGUA